GAUCCUGCCAGCUUCCUCAAUCAGAAACACAGGGAGGAGAAGAGCAGGGAAACAAGCCAGUCUGCUCUUUGCCUUCACUGCAUCUUGCAGUCUCGGCAACUACUGUAACCUGCAGAGACGGAUACCUGACGCACUAAACUCAAAGCUGAUGUUCUUCAUGUAGUUAGACUUCUGCUUUGGUUUUCAUCUCCUUUUCAACCCAUUUUUUGGGGAGUAGGAUAACUGGGACUUUUACUCCUUUCAAGCUGCCAUGGCUUUGCCAGACACUGCACGUGGAUUACCCAAUGGAGGUGGCGGAGGAGGCAUCUGCACAGUGGCCGUGUCCACUGACGUUUUGUUCCCUGAAAUAGUGGAACUAAAUGUUGGCGGACAAGUUUAUGUGACUCGACACACAACUCUAGUGUCAGUGCCGGACUCUCUUCUCUGGCGUAUGUUCUCCCAGCAGAAACCGGGAGAAUUGGCUAGGGACAGCAAAGGUCGUUUCUUCCUUGACCGGGAUGGCUUCUUGUUCCGUUAUAUCUUGGAUUACUUGAGAGACUUGCAGCUUGUUCUGCCUGAUUACUUUCCAGAAAGAAGUCGGCUACAAAGAGAAGCUGAGCACUUUCAGUUGUCUGAGCUAGUAAAACGCCUGAACCCUCUGCGAAUCAGUAAGGACAGCUCCAUAGGAGGUGAAGAACCUCCUUUGCUCCUCACACCAGCAGCAGGUCAAGAUUCUGAUUUGGACACAGCAGGCAUUCCAGUCUCACCAUCUCCUAUAACUGGGGUCCCCUCCCCUACUUUAGAUCCAUAUCGUUUCAAUGCAUCCUCUUCUUGCAGUCCUGCCUCAGUUCCUCGCCUCACUCCUUCCCAGUCACUUGAAGGCAAAAGAUCUGGAUAUAUAACAGUUGGCUACAGGGGUUCCUAUACCAUAGGACGGGAGGCACAAGCUGAUGCUAAAUUCAGAAGAGUUGCACGCAUUACUGUCUGUGGCAAAACCUCUCUGGCUAAAGAAGUGUUUGGCGAAACCUUAAAUGAAAGCCGGGAUCCUGAUAGACCUCCUGAGAGGUAUACAUCCAGGUACUACCUUAAGUUUAACUUUCUGGAGCAGGCUUUUGACAAGUUAUCUGAAGCUGGCUUCCAUAUGGUGGCAUGCAGUUCCACAGGGACAUGUGCAUUUGCCAGCAAUGACCAGAGUGAGGACAAAGUGUGGACCAGCUACACUGAAUAUGUCUUCUGCAGAGACUGAACCUUUUAAGCAUUUGAGAUGCACAGGAAACACACUUUCAAGCUCAUUCUGCCAUAUAUAAUACGCCUUCUGAUCUCCAAUCCAUAAAACAUGAUGCUGCUUUCAGGCACAUAUGCAUGUGAGAUUGGUAUAACCAUAUUCAUACUCUUUCUUUGUAAGUCAAUAAGAAUUCAUUUCCUGGACAGCACAAUGUUCAGUAAACCAGAAGUGGUGAAUUACCGUAAGAUCUCCCUUAUGUAUUAAGAAAUAUUCUGUUGCAAGUGAACUGUUUUGUACUGCUACACAGCACCAGUAAUCUUGUGCCAUAAGGGGAGACAUACACAAGCACACACACACACACUUUUUUUGUUCGCUCUCUUUCCCUUUUUUUUAUUUCUGUGUGGGUGUUAUCCUUUUUUCUUUUUCCUUCUUUGUGUUGGAUUUUUUUAAGACAGCAUUAGAGCUAUCUGUUUAGGAAUGUGAGGGAGGGCAAAAUAUCUAACAAAUGCUUCUUAGCUUAUAGCAGGAGGUUGAGAAGGACAUAGUUUUCGAAGGAAUCCUUUGCCCUCUAAUUGGCUGUACUCCAGAAAAAAUAGCAGUCUUAAGCAUCUGACUGAUUGCAUUCAAAUGUUGACAGCAUCCAAUCCAUUGUGUCAUUUCUUUUUAACCACUGUUAAACUAAAAACUCUAUUUACUUCAUUUGUUUGUAGUUAGUUGGGGAUCUAAAGCGUUGUUUGCGCUAUUCUUUUAACACAUGAAAACCACUGCCAUUAACGUGAAAGUGAAUAAACACAAAAAAAGCAUAUGAUUUUCGGUUGUACUAAAACACUGAGAAUGUAAUAUACUACACAUUAUGACUAGUUUUGUCAUAUUUAUCCGAUCUAACAUCUUAAGGCUUAAUAAAUAACAAGUACAAUGAGCACUAAUGUGAAGUAACCAACACCAACCAAUCAUAAAUCAGUGAGUUACCUUUUUUUUUUUUAGGCUGUGAUUGGUGGGUGCAGAUUAUUUCCCAUGAAGGAUGCUAUCAACUAUAUUUUCAAAGCAUAAUUUAAUACAACUCUUUUUUGUUGUUGUUGCCAGCAUUGGUAUUUUAAGGGUUUAAAGGGUUUUAGUGAUUUUUUUUUCUAUUUCUGUUGAUACUUUGCUGGCUUUGAUUUUGAAGUGCUCUGAAGAGUUCUUAGCACACAAGCUCUGUGAUUAAUAACUUUCGGAAAUCAAUUAAAAAAAUUAAAGGGCUUAUUUACAGAAUAGCUUUUGGCCUCUCGAAGUAAACAACUUAGAUGUGCACAAAACGUGUUGGUUGCCUUUUGAAACGCGUGCCAUAUUUCUCAAAUGGAAUGUUUUUGCUCACACUGCUCAAAUGCUAUCCAGUUAUUAUUAUAGAGAAUAGGACUUGGUUUAUGAAGGGCUUUCCUACUGUACAGAAGAGAAUAUAUGUUCUUCUGCUUCCUCUCAUUUCUGUUUUAUUUCAUGGAUUGGAAUCUACAAUUAACAUCUGUGACCUGCAUUUCUCAUUGAAUGAAUUAUGAGGUUUUUUUUCCCAUAGGGGCCAAAAGUGUCAAUAGGCAGAGGCACACGUCUAAUCAAUGUAUGUGCAUUCAGGUGCGUCUGGCUGAAAAACGCUUCUCUAGUGUCACAGGGCACAGGCACACACAGACACACACUCUACACACAGAGGCAGUGGAGUAAAAAUGAUUUAUAAUUCUAUUACUGCAGCAGCUUUUUGAUAUGCAUUCAACUUGCCUUGAUAAGCUCUCUGGUGUCUGCAGAAGCACAUAAUACACUAAUCAGUCAUUAAUAUUCUACAGCGCACAGACAAGUAUGAAUCUAUGAAAUAUCAUUUCUCACCUAAAUCAGAUCAGACAACCAUGGCUUUACCAAAGAUUGCCAUUGCAUUGAUUGAAUAAUUUAUGUGUUUUUUGCUUUCUUGCAAUAAGAUAAAAUUCAUAAUGCAAACAAUUUAAAGCUCAUCCCUUUAUUUGUGGAAGGAACUGCUGAGCAGUACAGACAUUUGUCUUUUUUUUUUCUAUUUAUAUGCAUACGAUUUAUCCAUGGUUAGACCAGUCACAUGAUGUCAAUGAUGACAUUAGUGUAUGUAACAUAUUUCUAUUUUAUUAUACUACAAAGCAUCAUUACUUCAGACUAGCAAUAAAAAAUAAAAAUAACAAUAAUAGCAAAGACAUUGUUUUGCUUCAACUAGGUCAUUUUUAGCAACCUUUUAAACAUAGACGUCAUCACAUGUAUUUUUAAUUAAAAGGGAACCGUUGCUUUCUGUAAUUUUCACUACUGCUCCCAGCUACAAGUAGUUGAAUAAAACCAGUGCUUAAGUGAUUUAAAUUAUA